UAAGAUGAGCAGGAGACAAUUUUCAGCUUCGUCACGCAAACUAUUUGGUUACUUCCUCUGUUUUCGAAAAGCAAAUGACUCACGGGGUGCCAAAAAUCAUCGAAUUACAUCCAGAUGAAAGGGUAAUAUGAGGGACUUCAGAAUUACAGUGACGUAGUUGCUUAUUUUUUGAAUCUAGCUGAGAUCAAUUAUAUGGUAACGUUUCUCCUAAAGUAGAUGUCUACGCUUUUGGUGUCAUCAUGUAUGAAUUAAUCUUAGCCAAGGAGGCCAUAGUUAUGGCAAACAGUUCCCUUGCUGAGUCAAAGGGCCAUGUUGCCUUGUUUGAAGAAGUUCUUAAUCAGCCAGAUCCAAGUGAUGAUCUACGCAAACUCAUUGACACUCUAUCCUCAACCACGACCAAGCGUGAGAUCUAUCGUAGUUGCAUUGAUGACUCUUUCAUCUACAACAGAAGACUGGGAUGUCGCAUCUUUCUAUGGUGAGGCGCCACCCAAGAAAACAUAAACAUGUUGAAGCCCCACCCAAGAAAACCAGGCAGCACCACGACUCCACUCCUAUGGCACUAAGGCACCACCUCCUAUUAGCCAGGGCACUUUUUUUAGCCCAUUUGAAGGCCAUAAAAACUCUAAAUUCAGCAAAAACACAGGGCGAAGUAUAAAUGCAUGAAUGGAGGCACUUUUGAGGAGUUCCACAUAUUGAGAUACAAAGAACACAACUUGAGAUUGAUGAGAGCGAUUAAAGGAGAAAAACUUCAAGAUAUCAAAUGUUCAAGGCAUUGAUUGGAAGAAGAAGAAGAUCUUGGUGCAACAAUCAUCCCUUUUUCUACAUCCUUAUUUAAAAUCCGAUAUUGUACUCAAUAAAAAUAUUUUAUAUUUCUUCUUAUAUUAUGAGUAGCUCAAACAUUGAUUAAGACCAACAAUAUAAUCUAUUUGGGACCCUUAUUUCUUUUA